CUAGAAGACACGAGACCAAUAAGCGAUUGGAGCACAAACUAUUCCUCCAUUGCUCAGCCUCUUCACUUUGGAUCAUCCAUUUAAUUCUCCUGCGACUCUUUCAGUUCCUGCAACAUGGCAGUUCAGGAACCUUACCAAGACCCAGUAGAUCAAGAAAACACCGACCUGCAAGAUUCAUAUGAGGCAGAAGAAACACUCUCUUUUUGUGAUCUUCCCAUCUACAGUGACGCAUCCAACUGGGAUGAUUACUCAAAAGAAGAUCAAAGCUUGUCCGAUGACAAUGACUUGUUCGAGUUCUUAAGCGAGGAGUUCACCGCCUCUACUUGUGCAACAACAGUGAACAAGAACAUCAUCUUCUGCGGUAAACUCAUCCCCUGCAAAGACCUACCCGAACCCGAAAAAACACAGAACCAAGAAAGCACCACCAACACAAAGCGAAAUCACGCGAAGACGGGUUUUCUUCGAUGGAAAUCACUCUCUUUCAACAAAAGAAGGAGCUCCUCAAAAUUCUCGAAGCUGCCAGAAGAUGAACACUCAAAAAAUUUGGCAUUACCUUCAUCAAAAGGUUAUGUUUACGGUACUAGUAACUGUGAUUUUUCAGUAGGGAAGGUGUCGAUGCUGGCAUCUUCGUCCAAGUCCCGGUGGUAUUUGUUUAUGUUUGGGAUGACCAGGUUUCCUACGGAGAUGGAGCUGAAAGAUAUGAAGAUGAGACAGAGUCGGAUGAGGAGGCAAUCAUCGAUGUUCCGUUCGGUUCAAUGCGAUGAAAUGAUCAAAGGCAACGAGGAUAGAAGCAGAGGGAAGGGGCUGUGGAGGCUGCUAAGGAUUUUGGGAUUGGGGUCACGCAGGAAGAGUCAGCAUUCGACUACAAUAAAUCAGGCCUGUGGAGGCUGCUAAGGAUUUUGGGAUUGGGUUGUGGAGGCUGCUAAGGUUUUUACGGCCGUAAAUAGGAUGUAUUGUGGCCAUUGUUUUAAUCGACGGAAAUUUAAUUUUAAUAAUAUUUUGUUAUGAUGAUAAAAUUAGUGGCAAAAAGU